AGAAAGUCAGGCAGACACACGCAGACAGGCACCAGUGGGAGACUAGAACUCCUAGCUGGCUCUCGGCUGCCACAGCUCCACCAAAGGGUGGGGAGGAAGAGAGGAGUGCCCCCACAGUCCAGAGGAGAGGCAGGUGUGUGCAGGUAGUCAGAGACCCAUUUCUCUCUGAAGUUACUUUGAAAUUAUCCUGACCAUUCAGUUGGUACCUCACCUGGAUCAUGAGGGCAUUUUUCUUCUGGCUCCUCCCACUUCUCCUCAUCUUGGCCUCAGUGGCCCAAGGCCAACCAACAAGACCAAAGCCUGGGAUUAGGCGGAAACCCAAGCCAAGGCCCAUACCCAGCUUUCCUCAGCCCCACGAGCCAACAGAGCCAGUAGAGCCGACAGACCUUCCUCCACCCCUUCCUCCUGGCCCUCCCUCUGUCUUCCCUGACUGUCCUCGGGAAUGCUACUGCCCCCCUGACUUCCCUUCAGCCCUCUACUGUGACAGCCGAAACCUUCGCAAGGUCCCUGUCAUCCCACCCCGCAUCCAUUACCUUUACCUGCAGAACAACUUCAUCACCGAACUCCCUCUGGAGUCUUUCAAGAAUGCCACAGGCCUGAGGUGGAUUAACCUGGACAACAACCGGAUCCGCAAGGUGGACCAAAGGGUGCUGGAGAAGCUCCCAGGCCUGGCAUUCCUCUACAUGGAGAAGAAUCAGCUGGAAGAGGUGCCGUCAGCUCUGCCCCGGAACCUGGAACAGCUGAGACUGAGCCAGAACCACAUCUCCAGGAUUCCACCUGGUGUGUUCAGCAAGCUCGAGAACCUGCUUCUCCUGGAUCUGCAGCACAAUCGGCUGAGCGAUGGCGUCUUCAAGGCCGACACCUUCCAGGGCCUCAAGAACCUCAUGCAGCUCAAUCUGGCCCACAACAUCCUGAGAAAGAUGCCACCCAAGGUGCCCCCGGUCAUUCACCAGCUCUACCUGGACAGCAACAAGAUCGAGACCAUCCCCAAAGACUAUUUCAAGAACUUCCCCAACCUCGCUUUCAUCCGCAUGAACUACAACAAGCUGUCCGACCGAGGGCUCCCCAAGAACUCCUUCAACAUCUCCAACUUGCUGGUGCUCCACCUGGCGCACAACAAGAUCAGCAAUGUACCGGCCAUCAGCAACAAGCUGGAGCACCUGUACCUCAACAACAACAGCAUCGAGAAAAUCAAUGGGUCCCAGAUUUGCCCCAACAACCUCGUGGCCUUCCAUGACUUCUCCUCGGAUCUGGAGAAUGUGCCUCACCUGCGCUACCUGCGGCUGGAUGGGAACUUCCUGAAGCCGCCCAUCCCGCUGGACCUAAUGAUGUGUUUCCGCCUCCUGCAGUCUGUGGUCAUCUAGGCUGUGCCCAGAGCUGGACUCCCUGACAGCACUUGAAGACUGGUGGCCCAAGUUCUGGUGCCCAUCAUGUCUCUCUGUCUCCCUCUCUUGCUCCCGGCUCUGCCUUUCUUCCUAUCCCUUUCUGAAGAUGGGAAAUGCCAUGUGUUCUGCUCCAGCUCUAAAGCGAGAUCCCCCACCUGGUCCAAAGACACCCUGCCAGCCAAAACCUCUCUUCUUCUUUGGUCUCCCUUGCUUCAGAAACAUGGGCGUGGGCCAACAGAAGCAUACGUACCCCUCCCUCCCUGGGUAAGGUAAUGGACGGAUGCCUUUUCUUAGUCUUAAUCAAGCAAGAAUUGGAAGUCAUCCCAGAGGAGAACCCUGGGGAAUUCUUCUGAGUGCUCCAACACCUUGGGUAUCAUUGCCUCAAGCAGGCUGACAAACCCUGGUCUCCUUCCAAAACUACUGCUCUGCCUCCCUGUUUCCUGACACCAGACAUCAACCUGCUUUCUGCUGCCUCACAUUCUCCAGGAAGGAAGUGUGAGGGAAUGACUGAGGUGGGGUGGAGGGUCAGGGCUCCCCACAAGUGUCUCCAUCAGACCUUCUUUCUCUUUCUCUUCCUCCUCCCGGCCAAGCACAGCACACACCCUCUUGGCUGGAUCUCAGAGAACAGCCAGGGAGGAGAAUGGUUCAAGGAACUAGAAUUUAGCUAAUGGGUGGUGGCUGGGAGUCAGAGCCCCAGAAUGGGCCUGUGUGGAUGUAGAUGGGCCCUACAGUUUCCCUGACCCAAACCUGACAAGAGACCCAAAGCCGUGGCGGACAGUGUUCACAGUGGAAGGCCAAGAGGCAGCAUCCCAGACUCUGUUAUGUGCCUGACCCAGUCCCCACCCCAAAGGCAGUUCUUGAGAAACAGGGAAAAGGGGGUGGAGCACCUGGAAAUCUCCCAGAAGCCUCUUCCACACUCUGGGGCUUAGCCUCUACCUCUAAAGCAGACUCAUCGGUGACAUCUGGUGGCUGGUGAAGGUCACAGCCGACUCCACUCUCCUUGUGGGGCUGUUGCAAACAGCUUCCGUGGGGGAAGAGGACCAUGGGUGACUAACUGGCUGAGUGUCUCUCUCCCUAAGGGUCUAAAGGGAAGAACAGAGCUGGGGCUUCGUCCCCAUAUGAGUGAGUGUGAAUGGGAAAGUCUUGGGAGUCAAAGGGAAGCUAGUUUGGCCUCGGCCUUGCCAGGUCUCUUGCUCUCAGACUCCACAUUUGUACUCAGGAUGUAAGUAGGUGGGAUGCUCCUCCAAGGUCCUCUUAGCUGUGUUGCAUUCUGUGCACACUCUUCUGGAGCAUACCUAAUGCAGGACAAGUGGUGUUACCCCGCCCCCUUGCAGUAAAUUAUUCCUUGCACAAGGGCCCCUCCCGCAAAGGCUUCCCUAACCUCCCUUUCUAGCCCAGGUGAGCAACUUGGCAGGUUUCCAAGAACCUGGGUUUCUGGCCUCUCCUAUCCUUCCCUUCCCUCUAGAAGAGGCUGCACCUGCCCUGCCACAGUUCCCUGCGUGUGUGAUAGGAGGAAUACAGGGAGGUGAAUGUUCUGGAAGUGAGGGGAGCACAGGACCCACCCACAUUAGGAUGGGGAAGUGUCACACAACUGUUUCAAGACAUAGGCUGGGCCCGACAGUCCAGAAAUCCCAUUUAUAUUCUUGAUCACAUUUCUCAUCUGCUCAAGAUUGAAAAUAGAGCCCCACUUCACACAGACUCUUUUCCCCUUGCUGUGCAGCUUCCUUGCUCUUCCUAGUUGCAGCUGGUUUCUCCAAGGCUCCUGCUUAAAGUCAAUACAGUAUUACGGCUGAAAGCAACCUGGUGCUACGGCCUGGACAAGCCCCUUCUGCAUCUAUGCACAACCUGCAGCCUCAACCCCUUUGGGGAGGCCCGUAAGGAGCACAGCUCCUGCGGCCGCUAGAGAUGGGGGUGGGCGCUGAUCCUGCAGAUCUGAAACUAGCAGUCACACCGUCGGCAUCCCAUCAUCCCACCUAGAACAUGCCAGCUUCCCCCACUGCUCUCUGCAGCUGCCAGCUACAGGGGCUAGAGUUAAACUGGCUUUACAGGAGACAGAUAGACACACCACACACACACACACACACACACUGUUACAUUUGGGUUUAGAAAGCCCCUUCUCACACAAGUUCAUUCGCUCAGCGCCGCUGGCAUCUAUACAUGCAGGUGCACGCGUAGGUGUGUGUGUGUGUGUGUGUGUGUGUGUGUGUGCACAUGCGCUGUACGUCUUAUCUACUCUCUUAAAGACCAUAUUGACUCUGAACAUGUCAACAAGCUUCAUAGCAGAGGAAAUAAAGUCAUACGGACAAACA